ACUUCUUCUUUUAUUAUGAAUAUCUUUAUAUCAGGGUUUGCACUUUUGAGUGUAAUAUGCAUACUACUGUUUGUUUACACACGUACGUCCUUGCCGACCGUGGGAGAUGCCAGCUUCAAGCAGUUUCAGAGGAUCUAUCUGGUAGUGUACAUGUUGGCUAUGGCUGGAGACUGGCUUCAAGGACCACAUGUGUACGCUCUGUAUGACAGUUAUGGCAUGUCUGCCCAUGACAUUGAGGUCCUCUUUGUCGCCGGCUUUGGAUCCAGCUUGAUAUUUGGGACCAUCGUUGGAUCUUUUGCAGACAAAUAUGGUCGCCGUGCCAACUGCAUCCUGUAUGGAAUCCUUUAUGGCGGCGCCUGUAUCACCAAGCAUUUUAACAACUUCUACAUUCUGAUGGUUGGACGUUUGUUGGGUGGUAUUGCCACUUCUAUCUUGUACAGUGCCUUUGAGUCCUGGAUGGUAUAUGAACACCACAAACGUGGUUUCAGCCAAGAUUCCCUUGGAAACGUUUUCAGCCAUGCAGUACUUGGAAACUCUGUAGUAGCCAUUUUUGCUGGGUUAGUCGCUCAGUUCUUUGCCGACAAAUUUGGAUUUGUUGCCCCAUUUGAUGUAUCCCUAACUGUUCUGACAAUAAUGACAGUGAUUAUUGUGUUUACCUGGAAUGAGAACUUUGGAGACAAGACCAGUGACCUUUCUGUCAGCUUCAGUAAUGCCUUGAAGUCCAUAAAAACAGACCACAAGAUCCUGUGUCUGGGCCUGAUCCAGUCACUGUUUGAAGGAUCUAUGUAUAUAUUUGUGUUGGAGUGGACCCCAGCCUUGACACCUGAAACUCAUGAACCGGCCACAGGCACAGUGCGCCAUUUAUUGUCUUCUAGCGAGAACACUAUUCCUCAUGGACACAUAUUCGCUGGUUUCAUGGUGUCCAUCAUGAUUGGAUCAUCACUAUUUAAAAUUCUAUCCAAUCAUAGCAGUGUAGAAUCAUUUAUGAGAUUUGUUCUUUUUAUAGCUGCUAUUUCCUUAUCUACACCGAUUUUGUUCAGAGGGAACCAGAUGUUUGUGUUCAUAGGCUUCUUGGUGUUUGAGACGUGUGUAGGAAUAUUCUGGCCAUCAUUGGGUCAGAUGAGAGGCAAAUAUGUACCAGAAGCCACAAGGGCAACAAUUAUGAAUUUUUUCAGAAUACCAUUGAACUUUAUAGUCGUUGUGAUACUCAUGCAGGCCUUGCCAAUGAAGACGAUAUUUCAGUGCUGUGUUGUGUUUCUCAUCUUAGCUACGAUAUGCCAACAAUGGUUGUACAGUUUGUACAGGAAAAUGCAAACCCCUGAAAAUCUUGGCAGCUCCAAAACUAGUGAGAGUGUUGAUUUAACCUUGGUGGAACACAAGACGCCUCUUCUGGAUGUCAAGGCAGAAAUGGUGUGAGACACCUGGUAGAAGAGAUGGCUGCGGCAACUAAGCAGGCAGACACUACAGAGAUUGCCAACACAGCCAGACAUAUAUCUGCUUUUGUCUCCAUAGAUCUCUUAAGCUACUCAGCAUAGAUAUCAGAUAUGAUAUUUCUGUCAGUCUGGGGAUCAUAAUAUUUUAGAAAUAUUUCCGUUGUUUAAUCAUUUAGCUCUGCUGUUUAUGACCAACCACCUUAUUGCCCAAAAUGUAAAGUACUGCUUCUUUCCUUGAAUUGCGUUGUUUAUAGUUAAAAUUGUUUAGCAUUAAUUCCAAUUUCUUUCAUAUAUUUAGGGGUCCAUAUAAGUACAGUUAUUGUUCAUUACCCUAUUUUUUGUUUUUGUUUUUGUUUUGUAAAGUGACAGUACUCUGGUUGAUUGUG